AUGCAUCCGAUACCGCUCGUGGAUGAAAAUCAGAUCAUCAUUCGUCCAGAGCGGGAUGAGGAGGCGAGGGAGAUCACGGUCCGUGAAGUUGUGCUUGGGUACAUGUGGAUUGACCACUACAACGUCGGCGAUCAGGGUCUUCCGCACCCACUUCGAGUUGGUUCGGUCUCCUCUAUUGGUGAGCGAUCUCUGAUCAUGUCGGCCACUGUCUGGUAUCCGAGGUGUAACAGUUUCGACCUCGCGAGAUCAUCGGCAGUCGAGAAAAUCGGUAUCGAGAGUGAGAUCAAAGCUUCAGCGAGAGGAACAUACGACCAAAAUCUCAUUCCAGAUCUGCUGAGUCAAAUGAAUCGAUCCUUCGGUAUCCACAAGCCGUGA